CAUUAUUUCAACCAUAACCCAAAUGACGAACUCUUCUCAGUCGCGGAAGCCUCAAGUGUUCAUUAGUUUCAGGGGUAAAGCUCAAAGAAAAACCUUAGUGAGCUUUAUAAAGUCAAAGUUAGAGGAGAUCAGCGAAAUCAAUGUUUUCAUGGACGAGUACGAGAUUAGAGGGAGGCCAAUCACAACACUCUUUGAACGAAUCAGAGAGUCAAGUAUCGCACUCGUCAUCUUCUCAGACAAGUACCCUGAGUCACGCUGGUGCUUAGACGAGCUAGUUGAGAUCAAGAAGCAAAUGGACACAGGAUCUAUUGUUCCAUUUCCAAUAUUCUACAAAGUGAAAGCUGAGUCUGUCAAGAACCAGACUGGUCACUUCCGUAAUGUUCUCCUCAAGACUGAAGAUGACGUCCGCAAAAAGGUUGAUAGGAGAAACAUCAGGUCAAUACUUGAAACAGAGGAUAUGAUUUGGGGAUGGAGGCAAGCUUUAGUCUCUAUUGGCGGAAGAAUGGGGUUUUCUUAUAAUCAUAAAUGUGAUAACGAUUUCGUUAAUGAUAUUGUGGUCCAGGUCAAGAAAAUGUUAGCCGAUUUAUCUCCAACUCCAAGAAAUGGUCUCAAAAUCAUAGAGAGGCCUCAGGAAGAAGUGACAUCCUUGUUACAAGCUCUAAACCUUAAGAAAUCUGAUCUUGAAGAUCUUAUUCAUACCAAUGGCGUCGUUUCCCAGGGCACUGAUCGUCUAGUGUUUCUUGACCUGAUAUCUCUUCAGAAUCCUAUCCUCGCUCAGCGAUUAAUCGAGCUAGUUCAAGCUGGAAGGAUUCUCUUGGUGUUGUUAGGUUCUCUAGAAUACUACAAUAAUGGUUUUGCUUUCAAGCGUCUCUUUCUGCCCAAGAAAUCUCAACAAUUGCCUGGUAACACAGCUGUGGCAGAGAGUAAUGACAAUCUUCGUAAUAGUGAAGUUAGCUACACUGAUGCUGUUUUGACCUGCUUUUCAUUCUUAUGUAACAUACUGAACCGUAGUGAAAUGAAAAUCGACCCUCCAUCUCGAAGAGUGUUCAUCAGUCUUGGAGAAAAGCAUCUCGGAAAGUUCCUAGUGAACUCUCUGAAAGAAGAAUUGGAGUCGAACCAAAUAUUAGUGUAUGCAGAGGAUGAGACGAAGAGCAGGAUCAAAGAGUCAGGGGUUGCAGUAGUGGUCUUCUCAAAUAAGUACCCUAAGUCAGAAAAGUGUCUUGAUGAGCUCGUUGAGAUCAAGAAACUUAUGGACACAGGGAAAAUCGAUCCCUUGCCUGUUUUUUACAGCUUAAAGGAUGAACCAGUUAAGAAGCUCAAGGGAUGUUUCCUUAAUAGGCUUCUCAAGAUAGAGAAUGAAGUGCGUAAGAACAUCAAGACGAGAGAUGAUAAGUCUAUACUUGAUACUGAAGCUAAAAUCUGGGGAUGGAGAGAUGCUCUCUCGUCCAUUGCCUCAAGACCGGGUCUGAGCUAUGAACUUAGCACUGAUGACGUGUUCGUCAGUGAUAUUGUGACCAAGGUCAAUGAACUAUUUGCCUCUAGGGAGAGAAAGAAGACAGAAGCAGCAACAACAGUAGUCAAAUCCCUUGAUGAUGACUUAUUCUAUUCCCGAACUUCGUUCUUACAAGCUAUAGACCGUGACAAUACAGAUUUUGAAAGCUUCACAGAUAUCCCCAAUGGUCUUGUACUUCUGAGGCUUAAAGGACACACUAAUCUAGUGUUCCUCAAACUGAGUUCUCAAGAAAAUCUGGUCCGAUAUCAGCGUUCUGACUCAUCCAAAUUCUUUACAGAGGGUUUUGCUUUGAAUCCUUCGGGUGUCAUCAGAUUUAGCGAGCCUUCCCUGGCCUUGGCAUUAGAGUCCAAUCAAUCUCAAUAAUGGUCUGAUAUAUAUGUCUACUACAUUAAAUAAUUAAUAUGUUUCAAUUACUCAUACUUCAUAUUAAACUGAAAUUGACAGAUGAUACAAUUUUGGUAGAAACACAUGUUUUGAGAUGGAUUCAGUUGGAGACAGGACGCUCAAAGAGCACUUCUUCUUUGCUUACUUGGUUAUCAAGUUAAACUUCUGUUUUGUUUUUCUUCACAUAAUCAAUAAAUAUGUACGUGUAUUCGAGCAGUUUUUCUUUUCCCUUGAACGCCUUUGUCUGUUAUUCAAUAAAAUUUGUCGCAUUUG